AUGGAAGAGUCAGUCCACAAUCAACUUCGCAUUCCCAAACGCAACAGGCCAGUUGCAAGCUUCGACGUGACGAGUCUUCCCAACGACAACUACGAGGACAGCGCUGUCCCCAGCACGACUAUGAGCGGAGCCUAUUCCAAUGACUCUGACUUGAAGCACAUAUCCGAUGAGCCAAUUGAAGAGAGCCAGGGAUGCUUCAAGGCUAAGGCCACUCUGAAUCUAGAGAAUCUACCAGCCGAGCUGAGAACUCAACUCCUCCUGAGCAUGCCAGAUCUGCCAACCCUGCGCGCGCUCAUCCAUGCUUCUCCCACAAUCCACGCCCAGUAUAGAUACGACCGCGAUAAUGUGCUCUGGACUUGUCUAGAGCGCGAACUAAGUGGCUUCUUCAUCGACGCCUACGCCAAUCUGAUGUCUCGGAUGUGCGAGCUAGGGUCCCUGCGCACUGACGAGAAGAUCACUAAUUUUCUUGACACCUACCGGGGCUGGCUCUCCGGCGCAAGUCCGCUCCCAGAUUUCCAGUCAAUCGACUCUAGUCACAUACAUUGGAUGGCGACGUACCACAUAUCGGUUGCUUGUCCUUUAGCUCGAAUGUAUAGCAGUUGGGCUCUCGAAAACAUCAAGAAAACAAUUUCAUCGCCAGUCGCUCGAAAUGGAACAGAAGCGCUACCAAUCGCACAAGAUAGUAGGGGCGUCAGCUUGAGCAGAAGCGAGGAAAUCCGCAUUUUCCGGGCUCUCCAUCGAAUGCGACUUCUAAACAUCGAGGAUCACGAAAAGCUUGUCUCCAAGAUGCAGCGGUGCCUUACACAUGACCAAAAUUUAGAUGCACCAGUGAGAACAGCUAUCGGGUUAGCAGCGCAAAGUGACAGGCGCGAGAUGUCAACCAGAUUCCCUGACAAAAGAGACGAGGCUGAGCAAAGGCAGGACCCGAUCCGAUUCACAGGCGACACGGUGCCGCCUAACAGCCCGCCCUUAGCUUGGGUUCUCCUAUGGGGUGGAAAGUAUGCAAACAUCUACGGAGAAUACGUGCCAGAGCCGCUCAGGCGAUGGGGCUACGUCAUAUGGGACAAAAUUCGCUGGGAUGGCAUGGAUGCAAAAGAGCUUAUUGCGAGACAAUGGGAAAUGGAACCGGAGCUGGUUGAGGAGAUUAAGAUAGACCUCGGUUGGAGUCCUUUAAAAAGCCAAAGUGCGACUAUAGAGUAUGAGUGA